AUGACAGAUCAGCUUAUGUAUGCUCCCGCAGUUUCGUACGCAGAUUCGUCCUUCUUUGUGGAGUUGUCUGCGCUCAAAUUGGAUGUGCUGAAGUUAGACACUUCUUUUCAGGACAUUGUUGCUUACUAUAAUUACUCCGCUUUGGGCACAGAACAGCCUCCCUCGUUGAAUGUCUCUGACUCCAGCUUUAAGGGCGAUUCCUAUCUGGCAAAACAAUUGCCUCCGCAGUCUUUUUUCCUUUCGAGAGGGAAGCUAUUCAACGUGAACUCGAUAGAGGAAUUCAAAAACGUAAAUAAGAAAGAUCUUUUGACGGAGUCAGCCCUCUCUAUAUGGAACAAGAUCAAAGAUGGGUCUUUCACCAAGGAUCCGUCAAUUCUCUCGUCGUUCAUACUGCUGUCGUACGCCGACUUGAAGAAGUACAAGUUUUAUUACUGGUUUGCCUUUCCUCAGCUACAGUCAGAAUGGGUCCAGAUAAAAACGUCGCCGAACGUCCAAUUCAACGUUCGAGAUCGACUUUUCGAGCAACAGUUUUACGUCAUUUCGUCUGACUCUGAUGACUCCUUGUUACCGCUUACAAGCCUGUUUGAUCAAGAUAAAUCGUUCUUGAAGAUCUUGUUCAUAGACACAUGCUCAUAUGAGAAUACAACUGCUUACAUUCUCCGGAACUUUUUCUCUGCUUUGGCUUACUACAACUUUCACAAAGUUGAAGUGCAAGUCGUCAAACACAGCCAGCCCAGUUUGAGCUUCACUACUUGUCUGGAGAAUGCAAAUUAUAACUCGACUGAGCUGACUGAUCCACAAUAUCUUCCCCCAGUGUCAGGUUGGGAGAAAACUUCACGCGGGAAACUGGGUCCAAAGUUGGCAAAUCUAGGUUCUUUGAUUGAUCCUCUUCAAUUGGCGGAUCAAGCAAUAGAUUUGAACCUCAAGUUGAUGAAAUGGAGAUUGGUUCCGCAGCUCAAUCUACAACUUGUGAAAGAUUCUAGGGUACUGAUUUUGGGGUCAGGAACUUUAGGGUCUUAUACUGCCAGAUGCCUUCUCGCUUGGGGUGUCCGGAAAAUUACCUUUGUUGAUAACGGUAAAGUAUCUUUCAGUAAUCCUGUCAGACAGCCUUUAUUCAAUUAUGCGGAUUGCUUGGAUGGCGGGUCACCAAAGGCUGAAACUGCAGCUGCAAACUUGAAAAGAAUAUUCCCCUUGGUUAAUGCAACCGGAUUUACUCUUGAAGUUCCUAUGAUUGGACAUUCAGUCAAAGAUGAAGUGAAGGAAAGGGCGGAUUUUGAACAGUUGGAAAAACUAGUAGAUGAACAUGAUGCGAUUUUCCUCUUGCUUGAUUCGAGAGAGGCCAGAUGGCUACCAACUGUCUUGGGAAAUUCAAAGAAUAAGAUUGUCAUCAAUGCAGCUUUGGGCUUUGAAAGCUACCUAGUAAUGAGACAUGGUUGUGUUGACCCAACCAAAAGCUUGAGCGAACAAAGUAGUGGAAGACUAGGAUGUUAUUUCUGCAAUGAUAUUGUGGCUCCGACGGACUCGACAUCAGAUAGAACGUUAGAUCAGAUGUGUACCGUUACAAGACCAGGUGUGGCUUUGAUGGCGUCGUCUUUGGCAACAGAGCUGUUUGUUUCAGUAUUGCAAACUCCAGAAAGACAGUAUUCCAAACAUGUAGCUGUGGAUCGGUCAAAUAUCCUAGGUUCAUUGCCCCAUCAACUAAGAGGCUUUCUACAUAACUUUGAGUUGCUGAAAGUCAGUUCAAAUAACUUCAAAUGUUGUACCGCCUGCUCUAUACCCGUUAUACAGGCAUUCAACGAUGAGGGAUGGGAAUUCGUUAAGAGAUCUUUGAACGAGAGUACCUAUCUAGAAGAUUUAACUGGUUUGAAAAAAUUCCAUGAAGAGGCAGAAAGGGCUGCACUGAUUAUGGAAGAUUUGGACGAUCUGGACCUAGAAGAUGAAGAAAUCGUAUAG